AAACUGUAUUUCAGUUGUGGUCUGUAGUUGCAAAAGACGUGGUUUUCCCCCCAGUCUAGCCGAGGCGGAGAAGUCCUCGGUUUCAUUGUGCGGGUCCGCCAACAGUCGCAGUACCGCGCAGCAAACAGCAGGCAGCUGUCCGGAGCGCCAUGGCUCAGUUCGGAGGCCAGAAGAACCCGCCGUGGGCGGCGCAGUUCGCGGCCACGGCGGUGUCCCAGCCCGGCCAGUCCCUGGACAUCAACAGCUUGCACUCUCUGGGAGUCCAGCCGCCCUCUCUCCUGGGGGCCUCUCCCGGGAUGUACUCCCAGCAGUCCGCGCUGGCGGCCGCCGGCCUCAACACGCAGUCCGCCGCCAGCUACCAGCUGUCCCAGCAGACCGCCGCCCUGCAGCAGCAGGCGGCCGCCGCCGCCGCCGCGGCCCUGCAGCAGCAGUACCAGCAGCAGCAGCAACAACAGCAGCAGCAGCAACAACAACAACAGCAGCAGCAGCAGCAACAGCAGCCACCCCCUCAGCAGGCACUCUACAGCGUUCAGCAGCAGAUGCAGCAGCCCCAGCAACCCUUGCUUUCACAGCCUCCAGUGGCCUUGCCUACUAGUCUGAGCCUGUCUAACCCUCAGCCAGCUGCCCAGAUCACAGUCUCCUAUCCAACACCAAGAUCCAGCCAGCAGCAGACCCAGCCGCAGAAGCAGCGUGUGUUCACCGGAGUCGUCACUAAACUGCAUGACACCUUUGGAUUUGUAGAUGAAGAUGUCUUUUUUCAACUAAGUGCUGUGAAGGGGAAGACCCCGCAGGUGGGCGACCGCGUUCUGGUUGAAGCUCUGUACAAUCCUAACAUGCCUUUCAAGUGGAAUGCCCAGAGGAUACAGACUCUACCUCAGAUCGCUCCGCAGUCGAGCCAGCCCCCAGGGCCGACCAUGAUGAAGACUGGCCCGACCAUGAUGCAGUCCCUGCCUCCGCCCACCACCUUCAGCGUUCCUGCCCAGGCUCCUCCUCCUUCCUUGCUCCAGGCGCAGCUGUCAGCCGCUUCUCUGGCGCCACUGCUGCAGAACCCACCGCAGCCCCUGCUGCCCCAGCCGCCCCCCAAAGACUGUGUGUUCUCGGGAGGUCUGCUCCAGCCGCCAGUGCGCAUGAUGCCCCAGCCCCAGCCGGCCCGCAGGCUGGAUCCCACACCCAGGUUCCCUGGACGCAAUGACAGGGCGGACCUCAUGAUCAGGAAAGAUGACCGCAGCCGCGAGAGGGACCGAGACAGGCGGCGGUCCCGCGAACGCUCCCCCACACGCAAGCGCUCUCGAGAUCGCUCUCCUCGCAGAGACAGGUCCCCAAGGAGGCCUCGCAGAGUUGUCCCACGAUACACUGUGCAGUUCUCCAAAUUCUCCCUCGACUGCUCUAACUGUGACAUGAUGGAGCUCAGAAGACGUUACCAGAACCUGUACAUCCCCAGCGAUUUCUUUAAUGCGGAGUUCACCUGGGUGGAUGCCUUCCCUGUGUCCCGACCCUUUCAGUUUGGAAAUUAUUGUAACUUUCACAUCAUGCACAAAGAGGUGGAUCCUCUGGUAAAGAACACUGCAGUACUGGAUCCUGCAGAUGCCAAUCACUCAUACAGCGCAAAGGUGAUGCUCUUGGCAAACCCAAGCUUAGAGGAUCUCUAUCAUAAGUCUUGUGCCCUUUCUGAGGAUCCACAGGAGCUGAGGGAUUCGUUUCAGCAUCCAGCACGACUGAUAAAGUUCUUAGUCGGAAUGAAAGGCAAGGAUGAAGCCAUGGCCAUUGGAGGGCAUUGGUCUCCUUCACUUGAUGGAGCUGACCCAGAAAAUGAUGCAUCUGUCCUGAUAAAGACUGCUAUACGUUGUUGUAAGGCACUCACAGGCAUUGACCUGAGUAUGUGCACGCAGUGGUAUCGUUUUGCAGAGAUUCGCUAUCACCGCCCUGAGGAGACACACAAGGGGCGUACAGUUCCUGCUCAUGUGGAGACAGUGGUUUUAUUUCUCCCGGAUGUUUGGCAUUGUCUUCCUACCCGCUCAGAAUGGGAGUCGCUCUCCCGAGGAUUCAAGGAGCAGCUGGCAGAGAAGCUCCUGGCUGAACGAAAGGAGGCUGAUGGAGAACAGGAGGAAGAAGAGAAAGACGAAGAAGAAUCAAAAGAAAUAUCCACUCCUACCCACUGGUCCAAACUUGAUCCGAAGUCAAUGAAGGUGAACGAUCUGCGUAAGGAGUUGGAAAGCCGUAGUUUGAGCUCCAAAGGUCUGAAAUCCCAGCUGAUUGCUAGGCUCACCAAACAGCUGAAGGUAGAGGAGCAGACUGAUGAGGCGAAGGAGCCAGAGAAACCUGAGGCCCUGGCAGAAGUGGAGGAGGAGCCGUCUAGGGUAGAGGAAGACAAAGAGGAAGAAGAAAGAAAACGUCAAGAGGAACAAGAGCGACAGCGUCGGGAGAGGCGCUACGUCCUGCCAGAGGAGCCCACCAUCAUUGUUCAUCCCAACUGGGCAGCCAAGAAUGGCAAGUUUGACUGCAGCAUCAUGUCCCUGAGUGUCCUUCUGGACUACAGGCUGGAAGACAACAAAGAACAUUCAUUUGAAGUUUCCCUUUUUGCAGAGUUGUUCAAUGAAAUGCUCCAAAGGGAUUUUGGUUAUAGAAUCUACAAAGCUCUGGCCUCCGUACCUCUGAAGGAUGAGAAAAAGGAGAAGAAAGACAAGGCAAAAAAAGAGGCCGAGAAAAAGGAAGCAGAGAAGAAGGAAGCUGAGAAAAAAGAAAUGAAAAAAGAAGUAAAAGAGGAGAAGGAAGAUGAAAACGGGGAACCAUCUGUGAAAAAAAUUAAAUGUGCUGAUGAGAAGGAGGAUAAAAAGGAAGAUGAGAAGGACCAGGAAAAAGAAGUGAAGAAAGAGGAAUCUAAAGACGAGGAGGAUAAUGAAGAGGAGAGCAGUAACAUGAACGCAGAGGAGUAUGACCCCAUGGAGGCUGAGGAAGCAGAUGAUGACGAUGAUGACGACAAAGAUGAUGAAGAUUCAAAUGGAAGAGACAAAAGGGAUGACAGAAGAGAUGACAGGAAAUCUAAAGAGAGGUCUUCAAAAGACAAGGAAAAGGAGAAGAAACAAAUGGUAACAUACAAUAAAGACCUUUUAAUGGCUUUUGUGUACUUUGAUCAAAGUCACUGCGGAUAUCUGCUUGAAAAGGACGUUGAAGAAAUCAUGUACACUCUCGGGCUGCACCUUUCCAGAGCACAGGUGAAGAAAUUGCUCAAUAAACCAGUUGUUAGGGAAUCGUGCUUUUACCGGAAACUAACUGAUCGACCAAAAGAUGAACCAGCCCCACUCACUGCUGAGGCCCAGCAGGACAACCUUUUAGGAAACAAACUACUGCUGUCCUCCCAUAAAGCCAAGUCGCAACCCAGUGAAUCUCAAGGCUCUGGCGGUCUCUUCGUAUAUAAUGGCGCCAUGGUCGACGUGGGCAGCCUGAUGCAGAAACUGGAGAAGAGUGAGAAAGCCAGGGAAGAGAUUGAACAGAAGCUCCUUCUACAGGAGGCCAAGAGCGAAGAAAAUGGAAAACUCAUCUUGCAGCUGGAGACUAGCAACAGGAGCCUUUCUGCUGAGCUUGAAGAAAUUAAAAAUGACCUUAGUCAAACAGAAGAGAAUUUGAAAGCUUCAGAAGAAAAGAGAUCCCGCUUUGAAGACCAACUGCACUCAACAGUCAGUCAUUUGAAGGUUUUAACAGAAGAAGUGCAGUGUGUUCUAAAAAAGGACAUUUCUCCCUCUGAAGAUAGUGACCAAAAAUCACAAGAGAAUGGGUCUGAUGAGUCAUGAAACAGCCUUUCCUAUAAGACCGAUUCCAUUAGAUAGUGCUGUAAAUAACUCGAUGCUGAAAAGACCAUAAUGCAUGUCUUAAGUAGUGAUUUGGUCAUUGCUAUGUACAGUUUUAUGAAUGAGUGUUGUCUUAUCAUAAAAACUGCUUGUAAUUCAGCUGAGAAUUAUUACCACUUGAAAAUAUUUUUCUGCUGCAUAAAGUUGUAGGUUCAAAUGUAUUUUAAUUAUAAUAAAACUUAAGUUUAAGUUUAUUACAAAAUUAAAAAUACUUUGGUCAAAAAAUGUGUUCUUGUGGCAGUAUUGUUGAAUUUUAGAAGCCAUUUUUUCAGUUUUUUUCAAUUUAGCAAAAUUUAACUUGGUUCUGUUUCUUAAAAAUUACUAAUUAAACUAU